CAGGAUUCUUUUAUGACGUCAUAAUAAACAAUACAUCUUCCGUUGUCAAUGACGCUGUGGCGAACUCGCAAGAAAGAUGGUCAGUCCACUGGAAAAAAGUAACGAAGACGACGUAAAAACAGAUCCUGAAGAAGACACUGAGUCUGUAAACUUUAAUUUUCGACCUGUUGCGUUUUACAUCCCAGUUAAUGAUCAAUUUGACAAGGGAAACAGGUACAAAAAAAGGAAGAAGAAGAAGUCAAAAUCCAAGAUACGAGAAAAUUCGGAAAAGAAUCAACAAGAUGAGCCUACGUUCAAGUUAAAUCAUGAUGAAAAGAUGUUACAGGCGGACAUUUUACAUCAGGAUCAGCUGAACGAAAAAGGAGAGAUGAGUAGGAAAUACCAAGAAAAAUACGAAAAGGCUAAAACAAAACGAGAAACGAUUAUUGAAAAUCUACGUAAGAAAUCGGAAGAUAAAAUAACCCGUGCUGAAGAAAAAAGAAAAAGGAGACUUGCUAAACAGAAAGAAAGAUUAAAAGCUGCAGAGGAACGACUUGAAAAAGUGAGGUGUCGAAAAGAAACAAUGGAUCAAGAUUUCCGAGAAAAAACAGCAACUAAGAUCGUGGAAGACGAAGAGAGACUCCAAAAACUGAAGCAAAAUGAGGUACCAGUGCCUGCCGUAUUUCGACGGGAGGAGAUAUUGCGAUACAGACAGAAGUUGUAUGAAGACCGCCAAUUAUCCAAAGAACGCACAGAUAAUAAAAACGAAUUUCCGUAGUCACAGGUACUGUGUAUUUAAGUCAUGUCCUUGGUGCCAAAAUAUGCCUCUCUCAGCAGAUGCCGACCAAUGUUAGUGUUUUAUGCAACGUAAUGAAAAUAAAUGUGAUACAUUCUGUUAAUUUAAAAAUCAUAUAAUUAAUAAUUUGUUUAUUUGGUUAAUGAAUAUACGUAUAUUGUUUUAGAUCUCGGCGUAUAUACAAAUCAAAUAUGAAAGAAAGAGGGCGUACAAAGCGUAAACAAACCCCCGCUCUGAGACAAAUUGUCUUUUCUUUUCUUUUUCUUUUUUGUUUUCACAUAUCUUAAAAACAUGCGUGAAAAAUAAUUUAAUAAAAUACUAAA